CGUCUGAGAAAUUAUAGCGGAGGGAAGGUUUCAAAAGAGCAUUGAGGAAUCAAUGAGUGGCUUUAACGUGUAAUGAUGAAGUACAAAUCGCUGAUUGGACAGACGCGUGACCAUGCAACCAAUGAGAGGAGAGAUGGGGAACACGAGGAAUGUGUUAUAAUAAAGGAGAAAAUAUGACGUCAGUCUAGGAAGUCAUUGUAGAGCAACACUACAACGAUUAGUGGCAAAAGGGAGCGUGAUGUCGAGGAGUUAGAGCAUCCCAAUCUCUCCACACCUCAACUUUGAAAGAAAGUUCAAUAACCAUAACAAAAGGACGUGGACUACACAGAUCCACUUGCUUUCCACAUUUCACCUUGAAUGUAACAACAUCUUGGAGCGCAGGCUAUAUUUCUAUUUUUCUUUGCUUUAGUGCAAGGAUUAUUUUAUUUGCGCGUAAGAAAUGUUUAUUUUGUACUUUUUCGGGGCUUUUUUACUGCGUUAACCUUUGAGUUCUGUUCGCUGUUUCGUUGGUUCCGUUUAAGGCUUUUUUUUCUUUUAAAACAUUGUACAGGAAAGUUGUUAUGAAGACGACUUAAGUGCUCAUCCUUUUCUUAUACUAUGGAAGGAUCCAGUGGGUCUAGUUUCGGAAUAGACACUAUUUUGUCCACAACCAAUUCUGGCAGCUCAGUACUGAUGAACGGAGAUUUUCGACUCGGUGACAAUAACAGAACAGCGGAUUUCAGGAGUCAAGCGACCCCAUCACCAUGUUCGGAGAUAGACACUGUGGGAACAGCCCCCUCAUCCCCGAUCUCAGUCACGAUGGAGCAUCCCGAACCGCAUCUGGUCCAAGACAGCCUUCAGCAUCACCAUCACCAUCACCAUCACAAUCAGGCUCAGAGUUUGCAGCUUUCACCCCAGCCUCAUCCGCUCGGUCAGGCUGGCUGUGCCCCCAGGACUGCCACCUCCUCCUUUCUAAUCAAAGACAUUUUGGGCGACAGUAAACCGCUAGCAGCGUGCGCUCCUUACAGCACCAGUGUACCAUCUCCACAUCACAGCCCCAAAACAGAGAGCGGAACCGCCCCGGACGGCAUCAGGCCCAAACUAGAGCAAGAUGAAAACAGAAGCAAACUGGACAAAAGAGAUGACAUUCAGAGUGAUUUGAAAUGUAACGGAACAAAAGAGGAGGGCGAUCGGGAAAUUUCUAGUUCCAGAGACAGUCCGCCCGUCCGCUCUAAAAAACCUCGCAAAGCGCGGACGGCCUUCUCCGACCAUCAGCUUAACCAGCUGGAGCGCAGUUUCGAGAGACAGAAAUACCUCAGCGUACAGGACCGAAUGGACCUGGCAGCAGCCCUAAACCUCACAGACACACAAGUCAAGACUUGGUAUCAAAACCGACGGACGAAAUGGAAGAGGCAGACGGCUGUCGGAUUAGAACUGCUGGCUGAAGCUGGAAAUUAUUCGGCCUUACAGAGAAUGUUCCCAUCCCCGUAUUUCUACCACCCGAGUUUAUUAGGCACCGUGGACAGCACGACAGCGGCCGCAGCCGCUGCUGCCAUGUACAGCAGUAUGUACCGGACUCCGUCCACACCGCAUCCAUCUCUCCAGAGACCGCUCGUCCCCAGAGUGCUCAUUCACGGCCUGGGGCCCGGGGGACAACCGGCACUAAACCCAAUUGCAAACCCAAUACCGGGUACACCGCAUCCUCGGUAAAACGAAAAGACACUGAGAGACAAAUGUAUUACACGUGAUGUGACUGCGCUGAACUUUCACAAGACGCUUUUUUUUCAUCCAGAAAACACUGAGAGACGAUUUUAUCGAAGAAAAAGAUGUAUUAUUUAAUAUGGACCAUUUCUGACUUAUAGGCCAAACUAAACCAGACGAGCCUGUGACCGUGACAGUAAAAUGACUGUUCAUUGUCAGAUUGUUUGUUUUGUCUUUUUUUGGUACAGAUACACUUAUACUAGUACAUACGCUUAUAAAGUUUAUUAGAUUUAAAGAAAGGGUGAAAUAAAGACAAAAUGUUACAAAGCUAAUGUCAGACGCUUUCUCUUGAAAGGGGCCGUAUGUUUACUACUUUUCAUGUGACCUUUUUGGAGCUUUCCUCAAAAAUAACUUUAAAUAUUAAUUCUCAUAAUUGCACAAUUCACAAAAGAGAGAUC